AUGGAAUAUCUUUCUCAUCCACCACCAGAACCAGAUUUCUGGAUUUAUUUUGCUAGCUAUUUAAGGAAGGGAUGGGUGCAGUGGGCCCUUGUUUUUAUCCCUUUCUUUUUGUUGGCAUUUUAUUUGAAAUUCACAAUGCCUUCUUAUGGACAAGAUGAAAAAAGCAAAUAA